CAAUUGGCGCAAAAUACGUUACGUGCUGAUGCACGGAUCACUAAACUUGAACUGAAGGAAGCACAUCAAAAGAUUGCAGAAAUGGAGGAAGAAUUGACCCAAUACCAACGUAAAGCGGCGCAGCGCUUGGAGGAACUGCAAAAGCUGCAGCAAGAAGAGUUGACUUGCAACUGGGUGGCAUUGACCAAGUACGAGGAGGUUAAGACACAACUUAUCGAGUUGCAGCGUUCCGUUGAGUUUUAUCAAGAAAGUGAAAAGGAACUUAAGCAAACGCUUGUUGAAAAUGAGCUGACUGCACGCUUGCUCAAAAAAGAAGUCGACGAGAGCACUUUACAAGCCUCCAAAGCUAUCGUGGAACGUACAAAAGCAUACAACGACAAAUUACAGCUAGAGAAACGUUUGGAAGAAAUGAAGGUGCAGCUGGCAUUGCUGCAGGACGAGCAAAGACUGCAGCAACAGCAUCAGCAGCAGCAGCAGGAAUAUCCCCAUUGUAGUCGUAUCAAUAGCAUCGAUGCCUCCCAAUCGGGCUACACAUCUGAGGAUAUGCCAUUGCAAUUGGCCAAUAAUAAAGCCAACGCCAACGUAUAUAAAGUAGAUGAUCUUAUUCUGGUCGAGAAUGAGCCGUUUGGCACGGGCACCUCCCGCAAAUUGGAGCCUCGCUAUAAAGGCCAAAUAUCUAGUCGAAGAUUUGCCACAUGUUAAACGAAAGCAGAAACAUUGCAAAUCUGACUACUCUUUCGGCAAAAUGAAGCAUUGGUGUCAGCUGCCGCCGGAUGAAUCAGACGAAGAAGACAAUGGCGAGAUCACAGCAAACGACUCUUGCGAGGACGCUGCGAUUUGUCAGGAGAGGCCGAAUGUAAAGCUCGGGUAACAGAAGCUGUUACCAACAUAACUUUUACAGUGCCACAUGAGCCCUGCAGUGAGUGCUAGGGUAUCAUUUAUCGUUUUAUCGAUAUCGUACGAUAUGUGGUCACACAAAAAAAAAGAAACGAAGAAGGGAAAGCACGCGAA